AUGGUUGACCCGUCCGCCAGCGAGCUCCGGGGGUUGAACAACCUCCAGGACAUCCAGAACUGGGUCGGUCUCCAGCCCACUGUGUGGGCGGCUUUGCAGUCCGAGCUCGGGGAGGUUGCGCAGAUCCGCGAGGUCGUCAAUGCGAGCUCCAUCAGGAAGGUCAAGAUGUCGACCAUCUUCGACCAGGCGGACGACUCCGAGAUCGCCCCCUGGUCGGCCCAACGGACGCGAACGGUCAUGGCGGCCUUCAAGGCGGCCAACGACGACGAGGACCCCGAGCCAGACGAGGACGUCACUGGGGACCAGCUGGCGGCCUUGGAGCAUCGCAUCCAGACGGGCGCGUGCCCCUGCCCCGACUUCGGGGUGUGGCGGCCGUACGGCCAGCGGUUCGCGCGCACCCUCAAGCUGGUCGUGCAUCACAUCACGCCGGCCGGCGACUACAGGCCUUACGAGGUGCCAGGGCCGCCGACGUUCGCGGAGUGGCUGCCUGCGUUCCGAGUUUUCUCGGUCGGCAUGCGUGCGCUCGGGGCCGCCACGACCACGAGGCUCCAGCUGUACCAGAACAAGAUCUCCAAGUUCAACAACACCUACGGCGAGGUCUGUUGGUGGUUGGUCGCGCUGGCGGAUCAGCGGAUGCGUUCCGAGCGCAUGGAGCGCAUCAGGAGGCGCGCCGAGGAAAAGUACGCGGCUGCGCAGGUUUCGGGGGCGCCGCACGCCUUCGACCCGAAGAUGCCGUGGGACUACUGCUUCAAGGCCGCCGCUGCCGACUCCGAUUUCUGGGAUGAGGAGCUGGGGCGCAAGGCGACGCUCUGGGUCACCCACCUCAGGACCAGGCAGCAGCUCACCGACGACGGCACUGGGCAUCCCGGCCCUGGCGGAGGCCCCAGCGGAGGCCCAGGCGGAGGCUCGGGAGGAGGUGGAGGCGGCGGCACAGGCGGCAACGGCGGCGGCAAGCGCGGUGCGAAGCGCGCCUGGGGGAGCCAGGACCGCGCAGCCUCGGACUCCAGCCAGUUUGGAGGCAGCGGCCGCGGUCGCAGCGGAGGACGCGGCGGGGGCCGUGGCGCCGCGGGCGGCGGCAAAGGCAACGCGAAGCAUCCGGACGGCAGGUGGCGUGGGGACGAGAGAGGCAAGCCGCUUUGCUGGGCGUGGAACCACAACGCCAAUGGGUGCAGCGAGGUGUGCGCCAACGGCAGGGCAGGCGAGCGCGGCCGUCCAGAGUCGAGCGAACGGCCAGCGGACCCGCUGGGGAAGAUGCGGAAGACAGAACUGCUCGACGAGGGCGGCGGCGCGUCGGUGCGUCAGUUGGGCACCCGCCUUCGGCAGAUUUUCGGCUGCGCGGGCGAUGCCUCGGCGCCCGCCGAUGCAGGCGCCGCCCCGGGAUCAUCCGGCGCCGCGGAGUCGGGUCACCGAGAGCACAGGCACGACCCGCUGCCGCACCGGGGGCGUUCGGUUCUUGCCGGCGCCUCUGGAGGCAGCCCUCCCCGAGUGGAGAAGCAUGCGGACCAGUCGCGGGGCACCCGCCCUCGAGCCCGCUCGCGCUCAGCUGCCGGUCGGGCCGCGCGGAUCGACGACCUCCGCGCGAAGCACGACCGCUUGCAGGAGGUCAUCCGCCAGCGGAAGGACCGGUUGCGCCUGGCCGGGGUGCGCCAGGAGGCCGAGGCGUCUGGGCGGGGUCGAGCCGCGCAAGACGCAGGCGGACGAUCACCCCCAAAGGCACCAGCGGGCACGUCGCUUGCCAACCCAACGGCUGGCUCCCGGGCGGCGCGGCGGGCAGAAGAGAACGAGGCGUGCAUCGGCGGGCUCCGGGCGCCGUGGAAGGCCGUCAAGAAGCUCCCGAUGCUCGCGGAGACCGGUCGGAAGAUCGGGGCCUUCCUCGACGAGUUCUUGGACCAGCAUCCCGAUUUCCUCGACCUCCCCGACGGCGGCGAGCGCGCUCAGGAGCUGGUCCGGGAUCCGCGCCUUCGCGCGGCGCGGGGGGACUUGCGUCGCGCCCUCGGCGCGAAGGAGGCCAAGGCGCAUAAGCGGACGCCCUGGAAGCGGGACAUCGUCGAGGCGCACGUGGCUGCCUCGCAGGACCCGGAGGUGCACCUUGGAGAUUGGCUUCGGGACGGCGCCCCCAUCGGCGUGGCCAGACCGGUGCCGAGCUGCGGGAUCUUUCCCCAACUCGGCCCGGCCGCGAAGGAGCGCACGCAGGCGCAUGAGGUGCUAUCGUUGCUGGAGGCGCACGGCAACUACAAGAGCUUCGAGGAGGCCAGGGUGCACGCGGAGCCCGAGAUCGAGAGGAUCAUCAAGGAGGGUUUCGCGGUCAGGUUCAAGUCCUGGAAGCAGGUCGUCGGCACUUACGGCCCGGUUGCGGCGUCCAGGCUCGCUUGCAUCGUCAAGGACCGGAAGGACGGCGCGAAGAAGGCCAGGAUCAUCAUCGACCUCCGCAGAUCGGGCGUCAACAGGUGCGUGCAGGUCGACGAGAGGAUUGUGCUUCCGCGCCCGAAGGACAUCCUCAGCAAUGCCAUGCACCUUCUGCGCCACGCCGCGGAGGACGAGGAGGUCGAGGCGAUGGCGUUGGAUUUCAAGGACGCCUUUCACACGCUGCCAGUCCAUGCAGACGAGCUCCCGUAUGGCGUGGCGAAGGUCUUCGACGGCGAGUACGUGGUGUUUCGUACGGUGGUCUUCGGCGGCGAGGCGAGCCCGCUGCUCUGGGGCCGCGCGGCGGCGUACGUCAUGCGCGGUGCGCAGUCGAUCUUCGAGCCGGAGCAUCUCCUGGGCGAGUGCUACGUCGACGACCCCCUGGUGCUCGCCGUCGGCACGGCCGAGACGCGGAGGCGGCGGUUCGCCAAGUUCCUCCUCUGGCCCAUCCUUCUGGGACUGCGGCUUUCUUGGGCCAAGGUCUCGCGGGGGAGGCGGGUCGAGUGGUGCGGCGUGGAAUACCGCCUCGUCUCGCGGUACGUCGUGCAGGCGGUGCUGGCGCAGGCUUUCGCGCAGGAGUUCAAGGCGGAGAUCGAGCAAGCGACGAGGCGGCCGCUCAUUGCGCGGUCGGAGCUGCGGCGCAUCGCGGGGAGGGCGUCGUGGGCGACAGGUCUGGUGCCGACGAUGCGCUCUUUCAUCGACAGCCUGUGGGCCACGCUGGCCGACCUCAAUGCCGCGUCCAAGGGGGAUUCGGGGAUCCCCUGGAUCGGCAGGGACCCCCAGCCAGCUGCGCAGACCUCGCGCAUCAUUGUCGCGUUGGCGUGGUUGCAUGCCUUCCUCGAGGGCGUUGUCACGGGUGGCGAUCCUGGUCGGACGGUCGACGUCAGGGAGUGGUUCCGGCAGCCGUCCAUCGAGAUCGUCUGCGAUGCUUCCCCGUGGGGCCUGGGGGCGGUCCUAUGGGUCGACGGGGCCGCUCGCGCUUACCUUUUCGACGAGGUCGGCCCGGCGGACGUCGAGGAGCUGGGGGUCGAGAAGGGUUCGUGCAAGGCCCAGGCGGUCCUGGAAGCGCUGGCCAUUGCGGUCGCGGCGCGGACUUGGCUUCCCAGGUGGGCGCAGCACCGGACUGGCGUUCGAGUCAAGAGCGACUCCAUGGCGGCGCUCGGGGCCCUUGGUAAGAUGGCCAGUCCAACGCCCGCCAUCAACAAGAUCGCCAGGGAGAUCGCCCUCGACGUGGCGCAGACUCGGUACGGCAUCGACGUGCUGGAGCACGUGCCGGGCGAGCUCAACGACGUCGCGGACGCACUGUCGAGGGCCUUCGAGCCGGGCGGGCGCUUCGCGCUCCCCGAGGUCUUGCGGCAGGCUGGGUGCACGCGGACUCCCGUGGCCGCGCGCGACGGGUCGUGGUGGCGCUCCAUGGCCCUCACGCGGACGGUGCUGGACAAGGGCGCAGGCUCGUUGGAGCGGGGCCUCCCGCGAGUGAUCCGCGUCGUCAACGCUCCCGCCGACGCGCUGCACGAGGGGCCGAGGCGGGUCGACGGCGCGCAGGGGCGCCGCGGCCGCGAGGAGGAGGAGAGGAGCAGCGGCGGGGUACCGGAUGCUCUCUUGGGCCCGGGACCCGCGCCAGCCAGGCGAAGGUGGGAUGAGACGGCGGCAGCGGCGCCAGCCAAGCGUGCCUGCUUGGCAGGGGCGCUGCAGGUCAUCGGAUGUCCGCAGCGCUCCGCUGCCGCCGCCGCAGAGUUCAGGGAAGCCACCCUGGCGGUGACGACGAGGCCCGUAAUGGACAGCUACACGAAGGCCCUCGUCUCGCUGGCCAGGGCGGGCGGCUUCGAUUUGCUGCCGUUUACGCCAGAGAAGGCUUACAGGAUCGGCGGCGCGCUGCGUGCGGCCGGGUACAGGUCCACAGCGUGCUAUCUGGAGAGGUAUAAGCAGAUGCACGUCGAGGAGGACUACGAUUGGUCGGUCAGGCUGCACGGUGUGAUGAGAGGGUGCCGACGUGCGUCGAUCAGGGGCCUCGGGCCGCCGACGCACGCGGCGGUCUUCACCCUGGAGUCGUGGCUGGUGGCUGCCCAUGUGAAGCGAGCGCACGCCCAGGGCGGUCCGACCGAGCCCGGUCGCUUCAUCACUGUGGGCACUUGGUGGAUGCUGCGGGAGAUCGAGGUGGCCCUCCUCACAAUCGAGCGCGUCCGCUUCCUGGAGGAGACGGACUCAGUUGCCGUGGACCUGGGCGUCACGAAGAAGGAUAUCCAGGGCUGCGGAUGCACCCGGGUGCACUCGUGCAUCUGCCAGUGCAGGCCGGAGUGGCAAGCCAUCUGCCCAGUGUGCGUCGUCCGAGCCCAGCUCCAGAAGCGACGGGCUGACCAGGCGGAGCCUUGCGACCCAUUGUUCGCGGACGCCGCCGGCUACGCGGUCGUCAAGAGGGCCGCGGUCGCGACCAUGCGCGCGCUGCUUGUGCCGGAGGGCGCUGGACAGGUGAACGGCCACUCCUUGCGGCGCAUGGGCGCGCAGCUGCUCGCCGCGGCAGGCGUCGAGCAGUGGCUGGUCGAGUGGUUCGGCCGAUGGGGCUCCGACGCCGUCAAGCGCUACGUCGAGGACGCGCGGUCGCGGGCCCCGCAGGCACGGUCUCUGGCGCUUCGGGCGGCCCGAAGCGAUGCCAACGUGGAGCCGGGGCCUGCGACGAUGGCCGCGGCCGGGGCGCGCGAUGCCCCGCUGGCGCGCGAAGGGGAGGAGGAGCGCCAGGGCGGCGCAGCUGGCCCGAUCGGCCUCGAGGAGUUGGUCGGGCGCCUCGUGGAGGAGAGGAUGCGGGAGAGGGAGGAGAGGUUACGCCUCGUCUCCUACGCUCUCGGCAAGACACAUGUCGCGAGGGCCCGCGCGUGCGAGUCGAGAGUGCCCCGCGAGCGGAGCUCGCUGUGCGGCUGGCAUUUCGGAGGUCUCCCACAGUCGGCCCUCACCUUCCACGAGGGGCGCGCUGACUUGCAUGACGCCUGCAGGAAGUGCGUCCGGCUCGCGGCCUCGCGUGGCUGGCCGGUGGACUGCGCUGCAGCCGGCGCCGGCGGCGAGCGUGGCGAAGGCAGCUCGUCCUCGCAGUCAUCCGAUUCCGGUUCUGGGUCGGACAGGCCGCCGUCGGACGAUGCCGAGGCGGGUCGAGGCGAGACCGAGGACGAGGCUCCCGGUGCUCGUGCUUGA